AGUUGUACAACUCAAUACAUUCAACUGAAAUGUCUCUUCCGUAAAAACCCAACCCUUCUGAAUCAGAGUACAGUGGCAAAUUGGCAAGAGACACACAGAAACCUUUUUGCUCUUCCAUGAGAAGUCAAUUGAGAGAGUCGGAGGGAUAUGGCCUCACCAAAGACAGUUUGGUACUUAAGUGUCCUCUUGGUAUUUUGCUCUAGUCUGGAAAAACAAGAUUGCUUGGAAACUCCAAAUGUAACAUCAGAGGAAUCACCCACUGAUGGAUCACAAGUUCCUUCUAGAGAAAAGCGAGAGGUGACAGCAACCAUCUAUGAGAAAGUUGGUGAAGUUGAGUUUGACGUCUAUAAUAUUCCACUUGAAAUCAUACAUGACCUAAAGUCCUAUGUGAAAAGUCUAACCUACCCCAUCCUGAUCUCCAGUGUGUUAAAUGUAACAGACAUAAACAUUACUACUGAAUGCUCCUCAGACCCCAGUGGAUUCAGGUGCAGGUGUGAGGACCAGUAUAGUUGGUCAUGUGACCAGUGUUCCUCCAAUGUGUCCUGUGAUGAGAUCGUUGAUGGCAAAACAUGUGGAUGUCUCAAUAACUAUCCUUCUGAUGGAAAGUUCUGUCAGCCAAUCACAAAUCUUACUGCUUGUCCAAGUCCAACUACUACAGCAGAGCCAUCAACCACUUAUGGGGAAAUUAUUGAAAUUGAGUUGGACAUGACAGAUAUUUCAGCUACAUUGAUAGAUGUACUUAGGGCAAGUGUGAGUGGCCUGACCUACCCUGUCCUGAUCUCCAAUGUGUUAAAUGUAACGGACGUGAACUUCACUACUGCAUGCUACCCAAACAGCACAUGCAGAUGUGAGGAUCAGUAUGGUUGGUCAUGUGACCAGUGUCUCUCUUAUGGGUCCUGUGACAACAUCACUGAUGACUCCUGUGGAUGUAUCAAAGCCAUUCCUUCUUAUGGACAGUUUUGUCAGCCAAUCACAAAUCUGACGGCUUGUACAACACCAUCUCCAACACCAGCUUUUCCAGUAGAAGAGGAAACAACAAAAAAGUACACAGAAAGUUCAACAACUACAACGACACCCUCCAGUACUACAUCAAUACCAACAACAAAACAGUCAACAGCAAGUUCAGCAACUCCAACGACGACCUCUGAAAACACACUGAACCUGCAAUUUACUAUGGACAUCACCUUUGAGUCCAACUUUAAUGAUGCAAAUAGUGCAAUGUUCAAAGAUAUUGAUCAAGCUAUCGUAGACAUAUAUAAGAGAAACAUGCGAGGCUUCAUAUCAGCAAAGUUAAAUAGUUUAAAGAGUGGAAGUGUUAUUGCAGAUUUUACUGUUAUAACAACAAUUGUCGAUAAUGUGGAAAUUGCAAAAGCAAAAGCGGAUAUUGUCUCAACACUUGGAGAAAAAUAUAAAAUAAAGUUUAUCUGCUUGAAUGAUGCGAUCUUUGGCAAUGGACAAGUUAAUGAAAAAGUUGUAGUUUACUGCAAACCGGAUGAAGUGGGUCAGAAGACUGCCAUUUGUCAAGGAAAUGGCUCGUUUACAAAUCGUGUGGACAACUGUGUCUUAACAGAAAUUGAUAAGCUAUUUUCUUUAUCUCAGGCUUUAGUGGGGACUGGUCUUCCAGGCUUUUUGGAAAGACUCCGCAACAGCACUUUUAACCUCCUAGGUAGAAUAGUUGCAUCACCUGCAACUAUUUCUACUGUUGUUAAUAUUCUUAAAAAUGUUGCAAAUGUGUCCCGAAGUACCCCAAUAAACAAACCAUUGAUGACGAAUUUCCUGGAAACGGCAGGUGUACUUACUUCAAAUGGAGCAAAAGCCUCCUGGGAUGUUCUAAACACCAACCUCACCAAAAACGAAAGCUCAGCCUUUCUGGGCACCAUUGAAACACUUUCCAAUUUCCUUACCGAUGACUUUUUUGACAUAGAAACGCCAAGCAUUUUUUUAAACAAAACCACAGUCAACAACUCAAUCAACAACUUAUUCAAUUUAAACUCGUCUGUUCUGAUAGACAUACCGGCAUCUGAAGCUUCCUUCAAUUCAAUCACCAUAAUAACAUUUGACUCCUUGGAUAAUGUUUUACCUGCGAGAAACAGUAGCAGUCUGAACAACAGUGUCAACACCAUCAACGGAAAAGUGGUUCUGGUGAAGGUGAAUGGCACAAUCAAGAAUGUGACGUUCAGUUUUGGCGUACUGAACAAGACACUGGCCAAUCCUCAGUGUGUUUUCUGGAACUUCAACCUUUUUGACGGCCUUGGAGGAUGGGAUGAUAAAGGAUGUGAACUGCAGUCUGAAAAGAAUGGCACUGUCACCUGUCACUGUAAUCAUCUGACCUCCUUCUCCAUUUUGAUGUCGCCUUCCAUUCCAGCUGUGUUGCGUGUCGCUUUGGAAUUUAUCACUUACAUUGGAGUUGGCAUAUCAAUGGGUUGCUUGGUCGUGUGUCUCAUCAUUGAGAUGUUGGUAUGGAAUGCUGUGACUGGAAACAACACAUCUUACAUGCGUCAUGUCUCUAUAGUGAACAUCGCCGUUUCCCUUCUGAUUGCUGACAUUUGGUUCAUUAUUGGUGCAGCAAUUUCCGACAAUGAAAAAAAAGAUCUACCUGCGUGUUCCACAGCAACAUUUUUCAUCCACUUUUUCUACCUGGCUCUGUUUUUCUGGAUGUUGGUCUCAGGCCUUUUGCUGCUCUACCGGACUGUCAUGGUGUUCUCUCACACGUCUAAACCAGCAAUGCUGGCCAUCAGUUUUUCUUUGGGCUAUGGAGCUCCCCUCAUCAUUGCUGUCAUAACUAUCGCAGUGACAGCCCCAGGGAAACAAUACAUCAGAGAUAAUGAUGGGGUUUGCUGGCUCAACUGGACAGAGUCAAAGGCCCUUCUGGCUUUUGUGAUCCCUGCCCUGACCAUAGUGGUCAUCAACCUUUUGAUCCUGAUUGUGGUUCUGUUCAAAAUGCUGAGGAGAGGUGUGAGGGAUGUUACUCAGCCAGAUGAGAAAAAUGCUUUGGUGGUCAUCGCCAGGUGUCUGGCCAUUCUGACUCCCUUCUUUGGUACUACCUGGGGACUAGGAGUAGGAACCAUGACUACACCAAACAAUCUAGGAAUCCAUAUUGUGUUUGCAAUCUUCAAUUCAUUACAGGGUUUGUUCAUCUUGGUAUUUGGAACACUUUUGGACAAAAAGAUCCGGGAAGCUCUGACAGGAAGGUCACAAGUGUCCUCCAACCGCACAAGGUCCACAAGUGCUGCAACAUCAUCGUCAAGUGGUUUGGGAUUUUUCCGGAUACGGAGGAGAAAUGUUUUCAACGUUUCAGCAGCUCCAACAUCCAGCACUACUGGUGCAUCAUAGACUUUCAUCAACACUUAACUCAAUGCAACAAAUGUGAUUAUUAUGAAAUAAUCUGACAAUCAAAAGGUGUUGCCACACAUCAUCAGUUGACGCACUAGGUUACAGUAGCUAACACCUUGAGUGUGACCUUGAAGUGACUGCCACUAAGAUCUGACCCCAACUCUCAGUGACGUCAUUGGUGGUUAUGUCUAACACAAAGCGAUUCAUUAUGAACUAUAUGGUAUUUGAACUUUUUAUUGGGAUUGUUGAGUAUUGUAUUGAAAAACAUUAUUCUUGUUUUUUGGGUGUGGGGGUGUUUAAAUAAGAGUAUUACUGUUAAUGGAUUAAUCAGCUAACAUGAAGAAUGGAGAUUGUUUCAGAAAUAACACAUUACAUUCUCUCUUUGAAAAAUUCACUGUUCAUUUAGUCACAAUUUAUAUUAAGUUGAAUAAACAUGUAAAAGGUCUAAGACCAGUAGUGUCUAUGUGGAGUCUAAGACCAGUGGUGUCUAUGUGGAGUCUAAAACAAGUGGUGUCUAUGUGGAGUCUAAGACCAGUGGUGUCUAUGUGGAGUCUAAAACCAGUGGUGUCUAUGUGGAGUCUAAGACCAGUGGUGUCUAUGUGGAGUCUAAGACCAGUGGUGUCUAUGUGGAGUCUAAGACCAGUGGUGUCUAUGUGGAGUCUAAGACCAGUGGUGUCUAUGUGGAGUCUAAGACCAGUGGUGUAAAGCACUUAAGAACAAAUACUUUACAGUACUACUUAAGUCAUUUUAUGGGGUAUCUGUACAUUACUUUACUAUUGAUAUUUUUGACAAAUGUAACUUUUACUUCACUACAUUCCUAAAGAAAAUAAUGUACUUAUUACUCUAUACAUUUUCCCUGACACCCAAAAGUUCUCGUUACACGUUGAAUGCUUAGCAGGACAGAAAAUUUGGACAAUUCACACACUUAUCAAGAGAACACAUGGUCAUCCCUACUGCCUCUGAUCUGGCAGACUCACUAAACACAAAUGCAUUGUUUGUAAUUGAUGUCUUAGUGUUGGAGUGUACCCCUGGCUGUCUUUACAUUUUUUUUUUAAAUGCAGGAAUUGCCGUAGAGCGCAGUGACAGAAUUGUGUCAAGGCACAGAUCUGGGGAAGCGUACCAAAAGAUUUCAGCAGCAUUGAAGAUCACUAAGAACACAGUUGCUUCCAUCAUUCUUCAAUGGAAGAAGAUUGGAACCACCAAGACUUUUCUUAGAGCUGGCCAUCUGGCCAAACUGAGCAAUCAGGGGAGAAGAGCCUUGGUCAGGGAGGUGACCAAGAACCACAAAGCCUCUUAGAUUUGUGAAAUCAUGAUGUGCAAUAUGCUGCCACCACCAUGCUUCCACGGGUGAUGAGAGGUUUUGGGUUUGCGCCAGACAUAGCGUUUUCCUUGAUGACUAAAAAGCUCAAUUGUAGUCUCAUCUGACCAGAGUACCUUCUUCCAUAUGUUUGGGGAGUCUCCCACAUGACUUUAGGCAAACACCAAACGUGUUUGCUUAUUUUUUCCGGCCACUCUUCCAUGAAGCCCAGCACUGUGGAGUGUACUGCUAUAGGGGGUCCUAUGGACAGAUACUCCAUUCUCCGCUGUGGAGCCUUGCAGCUCCUUCAGGGUUAUCUUUGAUCAAAUCAAAUCAAAUUUAUUUAUAUAGCCCUUCGUACAUCAGCUGAUAUCUCAAAGUGCUGUACAGAAACCCAGCCUAAAACCCCAAACAGCAAGCAAUGCAGGUGUAGAAGCACGGUGGCUAGGAAAAACUCCCUAGAAAGGCCAAGCAUUUUUUUAAACAAAACCACAGUCAACAACUCAAUCAACAACUUAUUCAAUUUAAACUCGUCUGUUCUGAUAGACAUACCGGCAUCUGAAGCUUCCUUCAAUUCAAUCACCAUAAUAACAUUUGACUCCUUGGAUAAUGUUUUACCUGCGAGAAACAGUAGCAGUCUGAACAACAGUGUCAACACCAUCAACGGAAAAGUGGUUCUGGUGAAGGUGAAUGGCACAAUCAAGAAUGUGACGUUCAGUUUUGGCGUACUGAACAAGACACUGGCCAAUCCUCAGUGUGUUUUCUGGAACUUCAACCUUUUUGACGGCCUUGGAGGAUGGGAUGAUAAAGGAUGUGAACUGCAGUCUGAAAAGAAUGGCACUGUCACCUGUCACUGUAAUCAUCUGACCUCCUUCUCCAUUUUGAUGUCGCCUUCCAUUCCAGCUGUGUUGCGUGUCGCUUUGGAAUUUAUCACUUACAUUGGAGUUGGCAUAUCAAUGGGUUGCUUGGUCGUGUGUCUCAUCAUUGAGAUGUUGGUAUGGAAUGCUGUGACUGGAAACAACACAUCUUACAUGCGUCAUGUCUCUAUAGUGAACAUCGCCGUUUCCCUUCUGAUUGCUGACAUUUGGUUCAUUAUUGGUGCAGCAAUUUCCGACAAUGAAAAAAAAGAUCUACCUGCGUGUUCCACAGCAACAUUUUUCAUCCACUUUUUCUACCUGGCUCUGUUUUUCUGGAUGUUGGUCUCAGGCCUUUUGCUGCUCUACCGGACUGUCAUGGUGUUCUCUCACACGUCUAAACCAGCAAUGCUGGCCAUCAGUUUUUCUUUGGGCUAUGGAGCUCCCCUCAUCAUUGCUGUCAUAACUAUCGCAGUGACAGCCCCAGGGAAACAAUACAUCAGAGAUAAUGAUGGGGUUUGCUGGCUCAACUGGACAGAGUCAAAGGCCCUUCUGGCUUUUGUGAUCCCUGCCCUGACCAUAGUGGUCAUCAACCUUUUGAUCCUGAUUGUGGUUCUGUUCAAAAUGCUGAGGAGAGGUGUGAGGGAUGUUACUCAGCCAGAUGAGAAAAAUGCUUUGGUGGUCAUCGCCAGGUGUCUGGCCAUUCUGACUCCCUUCUUUGGUACUACCUGGGGACUAGGAGUAGGAACCAUGACUACACCAAACAAUCUAGGAAUCCAUAUUGUGUUUGCAAUCUUCAAUUCAUUACAGGGUUUGUUCAUCUUGGUAUUUGGAACACUUUUGGACAAAAAGAUCCGGGAAGCUCUGACAGGAAGGUCACAAGUGUCCUCCAACCGCACAAGGUCCACAAGUGCUGCAACAUCAUCGUCAAGUGGUUUGGGAUUUUUCCGGAUACGGAGGAGAAAUGUUUUCAACGUUUCAGCAGCUCCAACAUCCAGCACUACUGGUGCAUCAUAGACUUUCAUCAACACUUAACUCAAUGCAACAAAUGUGAUUAUUAUGAAAUAAUCUGACAAUCAAAAGGUGUUGCCACACAUCAUCAGUUGACGCACUAGGUUACAGUAGCUAACACCUUGAGUGUGACCUUGAAGUGACUGCCACUAAGAUCUGACCCCAACUCUCAGUGACGUCAUUGGUGGUUAUGUCUAACACAAAGCGAUUCAUUAUGAACUAUAUGGUAUUUGAACUUUUUAUUGGGAUUGUUGAGUAUUGUAUUGAAAAACAUUAUUCUUGUUUUUUGGGUGUGGGGGUGUUUAAAUAAGAGUAUUACUGUUAAUGGAUUAAUCAGCUAACAUGAAGAAUGGAGAUUGUUUCAGAAAUAACACAUUACAUUCUCUCUUUGAAAAAUUCACUGUUCAUUUAGUCACAAUUUAUAUUAAGUUGAAUAAACAUGUAAAAGGUCUAAGACCAGUAGUGUC